AUGGACUUCCACAAGGUUGAUACCUUACCUGAGACCGGGAUCACCAAAAUAUGUUUGAGUGCGUUCAAUUCGGAUGAUAUUGAAAACUCAAGGGCAAUCACGUACGCUAAUCUUGCACCAACUAAGAAAUUUCUAAGGAGAAAGGAAGGAUCUGAACAGAAGAGCCUUCAAGAAAUUAUUAAGAUUAUCAAAGAAGCCGAUCCAGAAAUUCUACCGACGUUUGUAGCUCAUAAUCUUAAUAAACUUCCCCCUGUAUCGUUUGACUAUAUUGAUAUAACGACAUUCCUUAAGGAAUUAACUAUACUUAAAAAUGACGUGGCCUACAUUAAGUCCAAGCCAGAUAUUGACAACAAAAAUGUAGAUGUAAGCUCGGAUAUAAAUCUACUGAAAUCUGAGAUCAAGGAAUUAAAAACCUUAAUUCGUGGGAUGCGCGAGGCUCACGCUGCAAGUGAUGGAAAGCAUAUGGACCACCUAUCUCUUAGACCUUAUCAUAGUGAUAAAGACACAAGAAAUACGCUGAAUAAUGUACAAACCACUACUAACUUCGUCACAGGUGCGAGUGAGUCUCGUUUCGAUGCAAUUGAGGGUGGUUCGGAUAUAAAUGCGGCUAUUGUGAGCGAGCGGCAUGGAGGGCCGCUUGAUACCUGCGUAAUAACGAGUGCACGCGCACUGACUCGGACCGGCUCCGCGCGCGCGCGGCGUCCCCUUGUGCCUGCGCCUGCGUUAUCUACUCAUCAGCUGACGGCGGGCACCGAGACAAAAUCAACACAUGUACUAUCUUAUAGAGAUAUCGCUAGUGCACCUCCGAUCGAGGCGCACGUAAACAAUGAUGACGAUGGGUUUACACUUGUUUCCCGGAAAAAAACAAUGCCGUACAAGUACAAGAACACUAGAGGUACUCUUCAGAGUUCGAAGUUGCUGGCUGCGGAUGCAUAUGCCUCCCCAGUCCAUUACGGUCGCCAUGCCCACGAGGGCAGCCUCACCACCGGCAAGGUGCAGCAGUCGCACGGAGUGUGCUACAUCUCCUUCGCUGGACAAGAGCUCGGCUUCCCCGACUACGAAAUCCUCAUGCACUAG